ACAUCCUCCACGCUCACUCACUGAUCGUCAGCCAAGUAUAAAAAGCCCGUGUUCUCGGCUUCUGGUCUUGCCAAGUUCCUUGAGCAGAUCCCACAGAGGCAUACUCGGAACAUCAUGGCACCCUUGUACAAGAAAGCCCUUGUGAUCGGAGCCACCUCAGGCAUCGGCGAGGCGCUGGCGGCCAAACUGGUUAGCGCGGGCACCUCGGUCAUCGUCACGGGUCGCCGCCAGGACCGCCUCGAUGCCUUCGUCUCCAAGCACGGCAGCGCCAACGCGAGUGCCGUAGCCUUUGACAUCACAAAACUGGACCAGCUGCCGGCUGUCGCCCGCAGCAUCGUUGAGCAGCACCCGGACCUCGACUGCAUCGUGCUCAACUCUGGCGUCCAGCGGCCGUUCGACUUCGCCAGGCCUCAGGAUGUCAGCCUGGAGAGCUUCGGCGACGAGCUGAUCACCAACUACCUCUCGUUCGUCCACCUGGUCACGGCCUUCCUGCCGCAUUUGCAGAGGCUCGUGAGCAGCAACACCGCCGGCAGCCAGCAAGCACACCUCGUCUUUGUCAGUGCUUCCCUUGGCCUGGUGCCAACCCUUGUCAGGACGCCCGGCUACAAUGCCAGCAAGGCCGCCUUGCACAGCUGGAUCACCAAUCUGCGGCAGCAGCUCAAGGACGGGGGGUACGAGAAGAUUCGGGUGAUCGAGGUGUUUCCACCAGCGGUGCAGACGGAGCUUCACGACACCAAGCACCAGCCAGAUCUGCAGAAUGGUGGCGAGAUUGGCAUGCCCUUGGCCGUCUACACGGACAAGAUGUACGAAGGCCUGGAGAAGGGAGAUGACCAGUUCGCCAUUGGCCCGGCGGAGCCUUGGUUGCAGGAGGGCGGCUUCGAGGCACAGAGACAGACCAUUUUCGAGCAGCAGCAUCCCGUCAUCAAGGCGGCCCUGCAGAAAUUCAUGCGGUGAAGGUGGCACAAUAUCAGUACUAUGAGAAU